AUGGCUAGAGGACCAAAGAAGCACCUAAAGAGAUUGGCAGCUCCACACCAUUGGUUGUUGGACAAAUUGUCUGGUUGUUACGCUCCAAGACCAUCUGCUGGUCCACACAAAUUACGUGAAUCCUUGCCAUUGAUCGUUUUCUUGAGAAAUAGAUUAAAGUAUGCUUUGAACGGUCGUGAAGUUAAGGCUAUCUUAAUGCAACGUCACGUCAAGGUUGAUGGUAAGGUCAGAACUGACUCCACCUAUCCAUCUGGUUUCAUGGACGUCAUUACCUUGGAAGCCACUAACGAAAACUUCAGAUUGGUCUACGAUGUUAAGGGUAGAUUUGCUGUCCACCGUAUCACUGAUGAAGAAGCCUCCUACAAAUUGUGUAAGGUCAAGAAGGUCCAACUAGGUAAGAAGGGUGUUCCAUACGUCGUCACCCAUGACGGUAGAACCAUCAGAUACCCAGACCCAAACAUCAAGGUUAACGACACUGUUAAGAUUGAAUUGUCUACUGGUAAGAUCACUGAUUUCAUCAAGUUUGACACCGGUAAGUUGGUUUACGUUACUGGUGGUCGUAACUUGGGUCGUAUUGGUGUUAUCACCCACAGAGAAAGACAUGAAGGUGGUUUCGACUUGGUUCACAUCAAGGACUCUUUGGAAAACACCUUCGUUACCAGAUUGAACAAUGUCUUCGUUAUCGGUGAGCAAAACAGACCAUGGAUCUCUUUGCCAAAGGGUAAGGGUAUUAAGUUGUCCAUUGCCGAGGAGCGUGACCGUAGAAGAGCUCAAUAUGGUUUGUAA